GCUUAGCUCGCAAAACCACACACACACACACACACGAAAACUAAACAGAAUCCGUUUGCAUCCGUUUUGCAGUCACAAAGGAACCUGCUGUGCUGGUAGAUGUCAAAUUCGCUUGAUUUUCCCAACCACCGUUUGAGCUCGAGUUGCGAAAAACUCCAACUCUUGUACUAAUACAGUUGUCCUGUUCUUUCUCUCUUUCAUUCUCUCUCUCUCGUUCUGUGUUUUUUCUCUCUUUUCACUCUCUCUUUCUCAUUGGUUUUUCCGGUGUUUGUUUUCCGUUUCUUCUCCAACCCCAACACCGUACGCCAUCCCUGCGCGAACGAACGAAACUAAAAACCGACGGUAUGCUUGUGUCCAAAUGUUUGCCAAAUAUUUAAUCUUCUUAUCGUUCUCCAUUUUUUGAUUCCUUACUUCUACGCCAUUGCCAUCGCUCAAUCUCUUUUCCUAUCGUUCCGAAAUCGAUUCAAUAUCAAUAUAUCGAAUGCUCGAUGCCAAAAUUUCUGUAUGUACAUACUUCACUAAACACCCCAAACCCUGUCUUGCUCCUCACUUUCUCUCUCACUCUCUCUAUCUAUCUAUCUCUCUCUCUCUUUCUCUCUCUUUCUAUUCCUCUCUAAUGUCACGUUUUCCACCAUUUCUUUCCUUUCCAUGCAUUCUCUCGCUUCUUCAAUAUUUCCUCUUGUUGUUUAUUGGUUUAAAUUCUCGUUAAAUUUCUUUCGCUUGAAUUCCUCCCCCCUCUUUCUCUCCCACUCACUCUCUUUGUCUUGUAAAAAAAUACCAUUUUUUACUUCAUUCCUUUCUUUUCGUUCCCCCCUACCUCUGCACCGCCCAACACGUUUGCCCCCAUCGUUUGGGCGGCAUUUUUUCCUCCUGCAUGAUCGUUGCCGUGCUGAUUUAGUGAUUUCAUUGGCAGAUUCAGCUCGGGAGACCUGUCUUCCGAGUGCGAGGAUGUCGAUCCGAAAGACCUGCCCCCCGCAGCUCGCCCUCAGCCCCCACUUCAGCAUCAACCGAUGCCCGGUGGUCCGCCGAACAUUCCGCCUCCGCCGGCUCCCGGUACGGCCGGGUCGGUGUCCCCGGGUGGGCCCGUCCCGCCCGGUUCCGCUCCACCAACCGGAGGGCCCGAGCUUUCGCUAAGCUUUGGCAAGGGACCGGCCCAGCGGGGCACCAGUGCCCCCUCGAGUCCGGCCAAGUCCCGCGAAAGCUUGCUGCAGCGUGUCCAAAGCUUGACAGGUGCGGCCCGGGAUCAGGGCGCCUCCAUCAUCGGAGCCGCCGUCUCGACCGCUAGCCGUGUGCAGCCAUUCAACCGGGACAAGUGCUUCACGCUGCUCGUGGUCGACGAUCAGAACACGGACUGGUCGAAGUACUAUCGUGGCAAGCGGCUGCAUGGAGACUACGACAUCCGCGUAGAGCAGGCUGAGUUCCGCGAGAUCAUGCUCACAGCCAGUGCUGACUCGGGCCCGAUGGUGGGCUGCAAUCGCGGUGGAUCGAAGCAAGCUAAGCCCUUCCGGCCGGACUUCAUCCUGGUGCGUCAACCUCCACGUGACGGCUCAAAGGACUACCGCUCGACGUUGCUCGGGCUGAAGUACGGUGGUGUGCCGAGCAUCAACUCGCUCCAUUCGCUGUACCAGUUCCAGGACAAACCGUGGGUAUUCGCUCAUCUGCUGCAGCUCCAGCGCCGUCUCGGGCGCGAUGCAUUCCCACUGGUCGAGCAGACGUUCUUCCCGAACCCGAAGGACAUGUUCACCUGGACACGGUUCCCGUGCGUGCUAAAAGCGGGCCACUGCCACGGUGGCAAGGCUACGGCAAAGCUCGACAACCCGGGAGCACUGCAGGAUGCAGCAGGGUUGCUGUGUGGUACGGGACUCUCCGACAACGGGUCCUAUUGCAGCCUCGAGCCCUACAUCGAUGCCAAGUUCGACGUGCACAUUCAGAAGAUCGGUCCCAGCUACAAGGCGUUUAUGAGAAAAUCCAUUUCCGGUAACUGGAAGACGAACCAGGGCUCGGCCAUGCUCGAGCAGAUCCCAAUGACGGAGAAGUACAAAACCUGGGUCGACGAGGUGUCCGAGAUGUUUGGUGGUAUGGAGGUGUGCGGAGUUGCCGUCAUCGUCUCGAAGGAGGGCAAGGAGUUCAUCAUCAGCGCCGCUGAUUCGACCUUCCCGCUUAUGGGUGACUCUCAGGAGGAAGAUCGCCGUCAGAUCGCGGAUCUCGUCGUCGCACGCAUGCAGAACGUGUGCCGUCCGUCGAUGUUGACGAAGGCCGUCUCACGCAGCUCGAUAUCCUCACGGGGUACUAGCCCGACCGAGGAUGCACCGCCGGUUCCUAUCGGAACACGUCCGGUUCCGGUGGGUGGAGGUCCACCUCCAAUCCCAGAACGCACCACCCCGGGUGUGGGCUCAAUCGGACGUCACGGUAGCUUCAGCAGCCAGUCUGGAGAACCUCCAGAGCAACCCUCCGAGCGGGCUCCAACUCUAAACUCCGUGGGACGGCGUGAUUCGCAAGCAUCGCAGUCAAGCAGCGUGUCCGGCGUUUCGUCGGCCUCGGCGGCUCGAUCAGGUUUGGGCAAAGCACCACCAACCGGAACAGCUCCUGGUGGUGGCCCAUCCGUGGUCGAGGACGCCGAGGAUACGAUGAAGAACCUCCGCAAAACGUUCGCCGGCAUCUUCGGUGACAUGUAGGAUUUGGCGAAGAAGAAGAAACAAACCCGCGGGGCAGGCGACCUCGGCAGCGCCACCGGAA